GACAUUUCUAAGGCCUUUGACAUGGUUAACCACCAACUUCUUAUAGGCAAACUUGCAUCUUAUGGGGUUCAAAAUCCUUUGCUAGAUUGGAUUGAUUCAUUUCUCAGCAAUCGACAUCAAAUAGUUAAAAUUAACUCUUCAUUGUCUAACGCUGUCCCAGUUAGAAAUGGUGUAAUACAAGGUAGUGUCUUAGGCACUUUGCUCUUUUUAGUGUUUAUCAAUGACAUUUGCGAAAAUUUUUGUGUAGGUAAGCCCCUUCUAUAUGCAGAUGAUCUUAAACUAGUAUAUUCAUUUUCUCCACAUGAGCUGGAAAAUGUGCAAACUUGCAUUAACUUGGAGCUUAAUAAGGUAGCACAGUGGUGCUUAAAAUGGCAACUGGAACUUAAUACGGCUAAAUGUGGAUGGAUAUGCUUCGGCGAUACAUCACUUAACCUAGACCUUACCAUACAUGGAGAAGUGUUAUCUAGGUUACAUGCAGUAGUAGACUUAGGACUUAGACACUCCCAAGACUUAUCGCUUACAGAACAGAUAUCGAAACAGAUCUCCAAGUCACAACGUCUAGUAGGUUACAUAAUUCGAAACCUUCAUAACAAUGAAUCACGAAUUUUAAUGUACAAAGUUUGUGUUCGACCUCUUCUAGAAUAUUGCACGUUUAUUCUUAGCAGUGCACGCAUAAAGGAUAAAUUAAGGCUGGAAUCAGUACAGAGACGAUUUACACUUCGUAUUCUCAGAGCUGAUUGUUCCUUAACUUAUAAUUCUAGAUGCAAAAAACUAGAGCUAGACCCUUUAUGGAAGAGAAGACUCAAACUAAAUCUUAUUUUUUUCUUCAAACUACUUAAUAAACUAUCCUUUACAUCCAAUCACUUAAUUCAAUACGCAGAAACUCCUCAAUAUGAAACCCGUAAUUCCUUGGCACUUGUGAAACAAACUUAUUCUAAAUCAUCUCUUUAUAUGAAUUACUUUGCCUGUAAGUUUUCUAGACUCUGGAAUAACCUACCAGAACAUAUCCGUACGAUAAAAUCACUCACAUUAUUUGUACGUUGCAUCGAUGCAUAUUGCUCCUCCGAAAAUGCAUUGAAUGCUCUAGCACCCGCAAGUUUAUCUCACUCCACAAGUGUUAUUAUAGGAACUUUAAAUGUUUAGGCAUUUUUAUCAGUGCAUUCUCUGGAUAAAACCACCUACUUGCUGUCACUUUAUGUUAAUACCGUCAUCAGCUAGUUAAACUAAUUUGAAUAUCAUCAACAGUACAUCACUGUGUCACAUGACAUACGCAUUUUGAUAGAUCUGUUUGACAUAUUUCGGUACUUACUGCUUUGUUGUUCCGUGCUCUCUGUUUUCGUUUUAAUUUCUCUAGUUGUAGAUAUUUAUCAUUAAAUCGAUCUGGCACACGAAAUGACCUUAAUUACAUCGUUUAUAAAUCAACAGACAGUCCAGUUAAGAAAUAUUACAUGUUCCUGGCUGAUACAUUGGAUCGCUGUAAUACCUAAACAAUUUCUGAACUAGUAAACUUAAAACUCAUAUCACAUGUUUGUUCUGUACAUAUAAUGAUAUUAUUUAUAUCAAAUUGAUCAUGCCUGUAAACUGGCGUGAAUUCUGUAAUUAUCAUUUUUUCAGAAUAUAAAUUAUU